AUGGAGUUACCAGAAGAGGGGGAAAUCUUAGCACACAAGAGGUUCACUGUAACAGAAAUGAGCUAUGAGAAGAUAAGGGUCAUAGGAGAGGGGACCUUUGGCCAAGUCAUUCUUGCAAGGAAGGGAAGGGCUAGAUAUGCACUGAAGAAGGUAACCAAAGAGAAAGAAGGAAUACCAGUGACAACAAUCCGGGAAAUUCAAGUCCUUCGAGCAAUGAGCCAUCCAAGCAUAAUAAGACUCAUGGAGAUGGUGGUUGAGCCUGGAGGAGAUGUCUACAUGGUGUUUCCGUACUUUCCAUAUGAUUUAAAUAGAUUCAUAAGAAACAACAGACUAGCACCCGAAGAGGUCAAGCAUAUAUUCCAUCAGAUUGCCAAAGGUGUGUGGUACAUUCACAACAAGGGGAUUAUGCACAGAGACCUAAAGAGUGCGAAUAUUCUUUUAGACCAUAAGCUGAAUGCCGCCAUUGCAGACUUUGGAAUGGCAAGAUAUGUGGCAAAGGCAGGCAUGCAUACCCCGGGAACAGUGACCUUAUGGUAUAGACCUCCAGAGAUCCUUCUAGGAUCUUAUAACUACACCUAUGCUGUGGAUAUCUGGUCAUUGGGCUGUAUAUUGACGGAAAUGUAUCUGGGAUACAUGAUAUUCCAGGGAAAUACAGAGAUUUCACAGCUGGAGAUGAUCAUACAUGCCUGUGGAUCCAUUAACGAGAAUAGCUAUCCAGGCGUGCAGAAUCUUCCCGGCUUCCGCAACUUCAGGCUUCCCCAAUCUCCCCGAAGGAUUGAAAAAAUCAUUGAAAGCCACGACGAGUCGGCAGUUCAGAUAAUCAGUAGGAUGCUCUGUCUUGACCCUUCAAACAGAAUAACUAUAGACCAAAUUGUUAAGGAUGAAUAUCUUAAAGACAGAUCCUGCAAGGAUGCCUCGAAUGCACCGCUUCGCAACUUCAAUCCCAAAGAAGACGAAUCUAGCCUCUGUAAAAGGAAAAACGACGAUUAA